UAUUAAAGCGUAUAAGAAUAUCAGAGCGAUGCCAGUCGCACAUAAGCGGUCUAGAACAUCGUCAACAUCUUAAUACGGUUUUUUGCAUGCUUUAUUAAACCCAUCGUAUUUCCUGGCCUGUGCUGCUGUGGAGUGAAUAAUAAGAGAUAUGACGAUCCUGGAGGUGAGCGGUCAGCUGCUGGAGAACACCGUGCAGAAGAUGAGUCUGAGCUCCGUGCUGCUCUGCGCUUCUGUGUUCACACUCACACUGGGAUACCUGAGCAAACUACUGUUCAGACAGCAGCAACAGCAGCACGCUGGAGACACAAAGUAUCCUCCUCAUAUCCCGUCCAGUAUUCCUUUCCUCGGGCACGCUGUGGCUUUCGGCAGGAGUCCCAUUGAGUUUCUGGAGCAGGCCUACGAGAAGUACGGGCCUGUGGUCAGCUUCACGAUGGUUGGGAAAACCUUCACGUAUCUGCUGGGAAGCGACGCGGCUGCACUCAUGUUCAACAGCAAGAACGAGGAUCUGAACGCGGAGGACGUUUAUGCACGUCUCACCACACCUGUGUUCGGAAAGGGAGUCGCGUACGACGUGCCCAAUCCUUUGUUUCUGGAGCAGAAGAAGAUGCUGAAGACGGGGCUGAACAUCGCACAGUUCAAGCAACACGUCGAAAUAAUCGAAGAGGAAACUAAAGACUAUUUCAAACGAUGGGGAGACCGUGGAGAGAAGAAUCUGUUCGAGGCGUUGUCCGAGCUGAUCAUCCUGACGGCCAGCCGCUGUCUGCACGGCUGUGAGAUCCGCGGGAUGCUGGACGAGAGAGUGGCGCAGCUCUACGCCGAUCUGGACGGAGGCUUCACUCACGCGGCGUGGCUGCUGCCCGGAUGGCUGCCGCUGCCCAGCUUCAGACGGAGGGAUCGCGCUCACUUAGAGAUCAAGAAAAUCUUUUAUAACGUCAUCAAGAAGCGAAGAGAAGCCACAGAGAAACACGACGACAUCCUGCAAACGCUCAUAGACGCCACGUACAAAGACGGCCGUCCUCUGAGUGAUGACGAGAUCACUGGGAUGCUGAUCGGCCUGCUGUUAGCGGGACAGCACACGUCCUCCACCACCAGCGCGUGGAUGGGCUUCUUCCUGGCGCGGGACAGAGCACUGCAGGAGCGCUGCUACAGCGAACAGAAACGUGUGUGUGGAGAAGAUCUGCCUCCUCUGCACUACGACCAGCUUAAAGACUUGAGUUUGCUGGAUCGCUGUCUGAAGGAGACGCUCCGACUGCGACCACCAAUAAUGACCAUGAUGAGGAUGGCCAAGACGCCUCAGAAGGUGGGUGAAUACACCAUUCCCCCGGGACACCAGGUGUGUGUGUCUCCGACGGUCAACCAUCGUCUGCAGGACACCUGGGCAGAGCGGAUGGACUUCAACCCUGAGAGAUACCUGCUGGACAACCCCGCCGCCGGAGAGAAGUUCGCUUACAUCCCAUUCGGAGCAGGCCGUCACCGCUGCAUUGGAGAAAACUUCGCCUACGUUCAGAUUAAAACCAUCUGGUCGACUCUGCUGAGGCUGUACGACUUCGAGCUGGUCGAAGGACACUUUCCCGCGGUGAACUACACGACUAUGAUCCACACGCCACACAACCCCAUCAUCAGAUACACUCGGAGGAAGACGCAGACGCAGCAGUGAUGGGACGCGCUCGAUUAGUGCUCUAGCAGCUCUGAAGUGCCUCUACAGAAGCACCAGUGUUGAGUUGCUUCACAUGCAUCAGCUUCAUGGGUCUGAUGUAGAAUGUGAGAUUAUUCUGUGCACGUUUGUUAUUUAAAAGACUUUUAUUUGACCCAAAGUGACCUGCAGAUUACCAACAAACCCCAAUCCAAGAGUCAAAAUCAUCCUUGCAGCAAAUCAUUGAAAUACGAUUGAACGGUUUGAUUUAUUUUUAUUUUAUUUUCCAGAAAACAAAUAAGUGCAAUGUAUGAAAAGUGUUUCACAUUAAAAUCAUGUCAUGCAGAC